UUACACGCCACAUUCCUUGAGACCCGCCUCUCCUGUACAGACCACCGGGCAGCCACUCAACCUAUCUUCCGGGGUUCCGCUUUGACGUUGGCAAUUGACAUCUUACUGUCUCUAUUAUCUUACUCCUCACAAUGUCGCUGGCUUCAGAAAGGGCGUCGACGGCUACUGCUGUCUCCCCUCACCCGUUCGAUCCUAUCCAACCGGCCGAGAUCACACUGGCGGUUCGCAUCCUCGAGGCGGCUCUUCCUGGUAUCCCAUUGAGGUACAAGCGCAUUGAUGUCAACGAACCUGUCAAGAAGGAUGUCAUCCCAUAUAUCGAGGCAGAGAGGCUGCGGAUGCCUCUUCCUCCCAAGCCGACCCGUGUUUUGUAUGUGAUGUUCCACCGGUUGGAUACCGGGGCGUUCUUGAAGGCAUUGCUCAACGCCGAUACCAAAUCUCCUAUUUUCAUCAAGGAGUUGCCGAGGGAAGUUCAGGGCCCUCUUGACACGGAUGAGGUGACGGAAAUCGAAGAGCUGUGCAACAGACACCCCGCUGUCCUGGCGGAAAUCGAAAAGCUCAAGCUUCCUCCCGGAGUGACCGUCUGCAACGAUCCAUGGAUGUACGGCACAGAUACCCCGGAUGAAUCUCGACGACUGUUCCAGUGCUUCAUGUACAUUGUCGAAGUGGAUCAUCCUCAGAAUAACCACUAUUCUUUGCCUUGCAAAUUUUCUCCCGUCUUCGAUGCCACUACAAUGGAGUUUGUUCGCAUGGAUUAUCUGCCCGGAGGUGCAGACCAUCAGACGGCUGAGACGUCGAUGUGGAAGCCUGUCAAGACCAUCCAGUACGCCCACGAUCUCCUGGAUGAGCCGUUGAGAACGGACCUCAAACCAUACAUUGUUCAACAGCCGGAAGGUGCCUCGUUCUCUGUGGACGGCAACUUUGUCUACUGGCAGAAAUGGCGUUUCAGAGUGGGCUUCAACAACCGGGAAGGCCUCGUCCUUUACAAUGUCACGUACGACAACCGCAACAUUGUCUACCGUCUUGCAGUGUCGGAAAUGACUGUCCCUUACGCAGACCCCCGUGCCCCAUACCACAGGAAACAGGCGUUCGAUGUGGGUGACUGUGGAUUCGGCGUUGCUGCGAACCAGUUGUCUCUCGGCUGUGAUUGCCUGGGUCAUAUCAAAUACUUUGACGGCUGCAGGACAGACGCGAAGGGCAACCCCGUCACUCUGAAGAACGUUGUCUGCAUGCAUGAACAGGAUAAUGGGCUCCAGCACAAGCACUCGAACUACCGUUCCGACGCCGCUACUGUGGUUCGCAACCGCCAACUGGUGCUUCAGAUGAUCUGCACGGUGGCCAAUUAUGAGUACAUCUUCGCAUACAUCUUCGACCAGGCGGCCAAUAUUGAGCUGGAGGUCCGAGCCACCGGCAUCCUUUCUACAGUGCCCUUUGACAACGAAAACGGCGCUACUGUCCCGUGGGGCACCAACGUUGGCCCUGGAGUCAUGGCGCCCUACCAUCAACAUAUGUUCUCGUUGCGCAUCGACCCUGCCAUUGAUGGAUUCAACAAUACAGUCUACUACGAGGACAGCGUGCCGAUGCCUGAAGAUGAGAACAACCCGUAUCUCGUCGGAUACACGACUGAGCAAACAGUCAUCAAGAAGUCAGGCACCGCAAACACCGACGUCGCCCGCCACCGUGUCUUCAAGAUUCGCAACGACAAUGUCGUCAACCCGAUCACAUACAAGCCCGUCUCGUACAAGCUCGUCACGGUCCCAAGUCAGAUGCUCUUGGUCAACCCCAAGGCAUUUGGAUUCAAGCGCGCCGAGUUUGCGACCAAGCCGAUCUGGGUCACCCAGUACCGGGAUGAGGAACUGUAUGCUGCCGGCGAGUUCACCAACCAGAGCAGAAAGGCGGACGGUGUUGAGACAUGGGUACAACGGAACGACUCGACCGAGAAUGAAGAUGUCGUCUUAUGGCACACCUUCGGCCUCACACACAACCCUCGCAUUGAAGACUUCCCCGUCAUGCCCAUGGAGAAGAUCAGUGUGAUGCUGCGGCCAGACGGUUUCUUCACCAAGAAUCCUGCCCUCGACGUACCCGCUUCGGCCCAGUCUUUCAACAAGUCAACGCUUCACCCUGAGCCGGUCAUUACGAGCUCCUGCUGCUCGAAUAUCUCUGCGGGAUCCAAGGCAAAGUUGUACAAGCGGCUGGACUAAAUUUAUGACCGAUUUUCACUAGAAUUUACCCGCUGGAUGGGUUUGUGUUUAUAUGCAUAUAUAGUAUGAUUAUGUUUGUUUUUAUUAUAGGUAGAUAAAUAUACCAAAAUGACACAUAAGAGAGUGUUCUGCUC